AUGACGAUACAAGAGCUAGCCAAAGAGACAGAUCUACGACUUGAAUUCUUGGACCCAAUUUGGUUUCGAGACAAACGUGUGCUAGACAUUGGGUGCAAUGCUGCUCUUUUAACAACAUUUAUUGCUUUGCAUUACAAGCCGCGAUUGAUUCAGGGUGUUGAUAUUGAUCCAAGCCUUAUUGGAAAAGCACAAAACCUUGUCCUCAAAACUUUUUCACAGCUGGCGCCAAAGGUCUACAAGCAAACCAAAGAUGAUAUUGAUAAUGAUACCACUUACUUUCCAAAGUCCAUGUACUGGCUACACGGGUUUCUCCCAAUCCCCAAGGCAGAGAAUCCUCAGCAAGAAGCUCUGUUCCCCCACAACAUCGAGCUACGAAUAGCAGACUGGGUAACGGAGGAGAAUGAUCAAGAGGCAAAUGCUGAGCAAUGGGAUGUCAUUCUCUGCUUGUCGUUAACAAAAUGGGUUCAUUUGCAUCAUGGGGAUGAAGGUCUGAAAAAGUUUUUCCAAAAGAUCUACCGUAGUCUAUCUCGAGAUGGAAUCCUCCUGUUGGAACCACAGGCAUUCUCUACCUAUUCAAAACGAAAACGUAUCACAGACGAAAUGUUUGAGACCUAUCAACAUAUUCAUUUCAAGCCAGAUCAGUUCCAAGAAUAUUUGCUGGGACCAAAGGUCGGAUUCAAGGAAUGUGUCCAUUUAGGCCAUUCCGGCGGCGCUGCUGCCAAUUUUAACCGCGAUAUCUUUUUGUUCAAAAAGUAA